UUUUUUGUUUUCGAAAAACUAUUGCCUAAUUCGUAAUCAGCAAUCCCAAAAACCAAUUUUCAAUAAGAUAUCCGGUUUUUCUAAUUUUGACCAGCUUUUUGGUAUUUUCGCCCACAAUGCGACGUAUUAUUGAAAGAAAAUGUUCCUAAAUUCAGAUUCGUAUGAUGUUAUAUCUCAAUAUUCCUAAAAAUCGAAUCAUAAUCAUAAUUAUUUUUUAAAAACUAGCGACAUUGAUUGAAAUAAAUCAAAAAUCAAAGUUAUUCUCGAAAAAAACUAUAAAAUAAUCAACUAUACAACUUUUUUGUAAAGGUUAUUGGUUGAUAAUUUGGCAAAAUAUAAUAUGAAUGUCACAUCAACGAUGACCUGUCCAUUUAAUAAACAAAAAUUUUCGAACAGUGCUGGACUAUAACUUUCAGUUCACUCCCACUUAUUAGAUAUAUACAAAAAAGAUUGUAAUUCAACAUCGGCUAACAAGCAACAGCAGAUAUCAACAAGCAGACGGCUAAGUAACAACGAAGAACAUUUUAUAAAUAGAAUAGUGACAUCCGGUGAUAUCGGACUCGUUCUCCGAAUAAGACCAAAAAGACUGAACAUGUGGCAUAAAGUAAUAAUAAGCGUUAGCGCGAUUUUCGCAAUUUCGCUCAUAUUUGUUGAUUCAGCUCAACUUCAGGGUCACUCAAGGGGAGUUUUGAACCAAACUAGAAGAGGAAUAUGUACGUUGGAAGUACCUACCAUUGACUUAUUGUCACCCGAAGAUAGACGUGGAGCAAUCCCUCGUGGAAAUGGGUCUAGAACUGGUUACAGUAAAAUCGAAAUUUGUUGUUCUGGAUAUGAAAAAGUGCCACACACGCAUCUACUAUGUCAUCCUGUUUGCGACCAUUGCGAAAAUGGUAACUGUACAUCACCAGGUGUUUGUCAAUGUAAGAGAGGAUGGAUUCAUGAUGAUUUUCACGGAGACUGUAUUCCAACAUGCCCGGAAAGAUGUUUAAACGGAGUUUGUACAAUAAGUGGCUCAUGUUCGUGUAAUGCUGGUAACGUACUCAGUGCAAACGGAAAAUAUUGUGUACCUCACUGUACUGGGGGUUGCGGACUAGGAGGUACCUGCACUGGACCAGAAGUAUGCACAUGUGAGGCAGGAUAUGCUCUAGACAAAAAAACCAACAAAUGUGGUUACUACUGUGAAGGAGGUUGCGGUGAAGGUACCUGUAUAGCACCGAAUCAGUGUUCUUGUAAAUCGGGAUAUAAACAAAUUGGACACACAUGUGUUCCAGAUUGUCCAAGAGGAUGCCAUAAUGGAGAAUGCAUAGAACCUAAUAGAUGUUCUUGUAAAACUGGAUGGUCUCUAGAUAACACUGGAACCGUUUGUUCACCACAUUGUAAUCAGCCAUGUCUUAAUGGAGAUUGUGUUGCACCUAACAAGUGCGCGUGUAAACAAGGUUACAUCGAAUCACCAGGAUCUAUCAACAGCCAGACUUGUGUAGCUCAUUGUCCACAAGGUUGUCCAAAUGGUAAUUGUGCUGCACCAAAUUUCUGCAUAUGUAAUCCAGGAUUUGUGAAGAGAGCUAAAGGUAGCAAUGAAUGUAUAAGAAGAUCCAAGAGAUCAGUCAUGCACAUGGAUCUUAUUCCGGAAGCUGUUUUAAAAGGAUUUUAGAUCCACUUUUUUUUAUUAAACUUCAUAAUGGAAGUUUUAUUUUAAUUUGACUAUUUUUGACUUGAAUAUACUUUUUAUAAUAAAAUUGCUUGAAAUUAAAAAGACUGUAAUGAUAAACGAGUAAAAAUAAAAAGUUUUUAUACAUAAA